AUGGUGCUGCACGACCAGAUUCAUCACGCGGUGAAAUUUUAUGUCGAUGCUCGCAUUGAAAUUGAAAAGAACAAUUUUUUCGCUCAACCUCAACUAUAUCAUGUGGCUCGUCGUGUUCUGUGCUAUGGUGCAUUUCUGAUCAAUACAUCAGAAGCGAUGAAGCACUUGAAACAGCUCCGUCAAUUUUAUUGCGCAAUGCAUUUGGAUGAAGAAAUCAUAUUUUCCGUCCAACGCAUACGGAAUAACACGAAUGUGAAUUAG